GUUCAUGAUCGAUAACUGCGCGGACGACUGGCGGAUCGCGAUGACCUGGCAGAGGAUCGCGCAGAUCUCGUUGGAGUUGGCGAUCUGCGCGAUCCACCCAAUCCCGGGCGAAUACUACUUCCUGUGGACGACCAAGCUGGCGAACAGGAACGGCGACAUCGGCUCCAAGUGGGUGCCGUACGACGUCACACUCUCGCUGCCAAUGUUCUUCAGGCUUUACCUCAUCUGCCGGGUGAUGCUACUGCACUCGAAGCUCUUCACGGACGCGUCGUCGCGGAGCAUAGGGGCCUUGAAUCGCAUCAACUUCAACACCAGGUUCGUCCUCAAGACUCUGAUGACCAUCUGCCCGGGCACGGUGCUGCUGGUCUUCAUGGUCUCCCUGUGGAUCAUCGCUUCGUGGACACUGCGACAGUGCGAGAGGUUCCACGAUGAGGAACAUGCAAAUCUCCUCAACGCCAUGUGGCUCAUCGCCAUUACGUUCCUGAGCGUCGGUUUCGGCGACAUCGUGCCCAACACAUACUGCGGUCGAGGUAUAGCCGUCUCCACCGGAAUGAUGGGCGCCGGGUGCACCGCUCUACUGGUGGCGGUCGUCUCCAGGAAGCUCGAGCUUACGCGAGCGGAGAAGCACGUGCACAACUUUAUGAUGGACACACAAUUAACGAAAAGGUUGAAGAACGCCGCGGCGAACGUGUUGCGGGAAACGUGGCUGAUUUACAAGCACACCCGAUUGGUGAAACGCGUCAAUCCCGGACGCGUGCGGACCCAUCAGCGGAAAUUCCUGUUGGCCAUAUACGCACUCAGAAAGGUGAAAAUGGAUCAGCGUAAAUUGAUGGACAACGCCAACACUAUAACGGACAUGGCCAAGACGCAAAACACCGUCUACGAGAUCGUCUCGGACAUGAGCACGCGGCACGACACGAUGGAGGAGCGUCUGGAGGGUCUGCAGAACCAUCUGGUCGGCCUAGAGGAGAAGCUGACCUCACUGCAGGGUCAGAUGGAGCUGUUGCCCGAGGAGCUGACCCGUUGCCUGGCGCAGCACGCCGAGCGGAUGGAGCAGCGGCGUAACUUCCUUCAUCCGGAUACCGCGGUAGCCAUGGCAGCUUCCGGCAGCAGCGGCGGCGGCGGCGGUUGCGGUGGCGGCUGCAGCGGUGGCGGAGGAGCGAUCUCGUCGGGCACGAGCCUGGGCGUUUCCGGCGGCGGCAGCAUCACAUCCGCCGCGCACCACCCUCUCGCCAGCCUCUGCAACUCACCCCUGCUGCCGCACUCGCGCAGCGUCCCCAGCGCGCCUAGCACCACGUCCCUGCAUCCGUGGCCGGUCAGCCCGGUCCUACCGCCCGUCUCCAGCCGUACGCCCCACUUGGUGCCGGAAACCGGCAGGCAUUACGGCCUCAGUCACUCCGCCACGGUGACCAGCACGACUUCGCAGUCGGCCACCAGGCUCACUUCGCAGGCCGGCAUGGGUGGGCUAGGCAACAGCCAAGGCUCGGACACGUCGGCGCACAGCUGAGUCUCGUCUCUGCAGCCGCAGCACUCGUACUAAGGCCCCUCACCGGUUUCGCGCGCG